UCGCGCCGGCGGGAGCGGAGGUGGCCAGGCAGCCGAGGCCGCGUCGGGGUUGCCAGGUGAAGGCGAAGUUCUAACAAAGCCCGGUCGCCCCGCCGCUGCUGCCCCUCCCAGCCGCUGUCGCCUUCCCCUGCUCAGGUGCUGCUGCUCUCCCUCCGCCAAAGGUCAAAGGCACUGGACCUCUCCCCACACCCCCAGAGGCCAGGCGCCAGGUGUCGCCUGAAACCGGAUAGCCCGUUUGGGAGUGAACCUGAGGUAACAAAAAAUAUAUCCUAAAAAGAAGGGCAGAUUGUGCCUAUUUAAUAGAAGAGAAGGUGUCAGGAAGGUGGCAAGGAUGGAAUUUUCUGAUGAAUGUACGGGGAUAACUGCCAUAACCCACUUCCUCAGGUCUUGGACAGGACAAGAAGUCAACCAAUCAAUGCUUCAGACCGACAAGCAAAUAUGCAUCCCGCCGGAGCUGCCGGAAUUGCUGAAGCAGUUCACCAAAGCCGCCAUCCGCACGCAGCCGCAGGACCUCAUCCAGUGGGCUGCAGACUAUUUUGGGGCUAUGUCCCGUGGAGAGAUUCCUCCAGUGAGAGAGCGAUCUGAGCGAGUCCCUUUGUCAAACUGGGCAGAGCUGACACCUGAGCUGCUGAAGAUCCUGCAUUCUCGGGUUGCUGGCAGACUGAUCAUCCAUGUAGAUGAGCUGGCCCAGAUGUGGAAGGUGCUGAAUCUCCCAACAGAUCUGUUUAACAGCGUGAUGAAUGUGGGCCGCUUCACGGAGGAGAUCGAGUGGCUGAAGUUUUUAGCCCUCGCUUGCAGUUCUCUGGGAGUUACAAUUGCCAAAACUCUAAAGAUAGUGUGUGAGGUUUUAUCAUCUGACCAUGAUGGUGGACCUCCCCGGAUCCCUUUCAGCACCUUCCAGUUUCUCUACACAUAUAUUGCCGAAGUGGAUGGGGAGAUCUCUGCAUCGCAUGUCAGCAGAAUGCUAAACUACAUUGAACAGGAAGUAAUUGGUCCUGAUGGUUUAAUCAAGGUGAAUGACUUUACCCAAAACCCCAGGGUUCGGCUGGAGUAAAAGCACAAUUUUGGCAAUUUUAAAGGAAGAUACAGAGAUGAUUGGACUUCAGAAGGACCGAACCCCAUACACCAUCCAAGGCCAAUUUUCUUGUACAACUGGUACACGCUAAUAAACAAUUAAGCAAACACGAAAUCAGAAA